GCAGAGCAGAAAUGGAGGAAUGACCAAAAUGUGGCAAAGGGCAUGCACAGAGGGGGAAGGGGAGGGAGUCUUUUAUCUGCCAAGCCAUGCAGACUUGCCGUUUCCAGGCUCUCUUGCCAUUUGUUGAAAAAAACGUUCUCCUCUUUCCCCCCCUUCCCUCCUCCCUUUACUUAAUUUCUUCUUCUACUUUCCCUUUCCCUCUCCUCUUCCCUCUUCCCCCCUUCUCUCUCUCUCUCUACCCCCACAGUCUCUGUGCCCUUUCAUCUCCUCCCAGACUAGCCUAGCUUUCCUCGAGAAAGCUCGCGCCUUUUGCACCAUUUUCAUCCUCUUUCAGGGUAGAAGAAUUGUGGGUUUUGCUUGAAAUCGGAAGGGGUUGUUUGACGGCCUUGAUCACAGUCGUUUUCUUGCUCUUCCUUCCUUUAGUUUUUGGUUUUGUCGGUGUGAUUGGGAAUGGGGAGAGGGAAGAUUGAGAUAAAGAGGAUAGAGAAUGCGAACAGCAGGCAGGUCACUUUCUCCAAGAGGCGGAAUGGGCUGCUCAAGAAGGCUCAGGAACUCGCGAUCCUCUGCGAUGCUGAGGUUGCUGUCAUCAUCUUCUCCAACACCGGGAAGCUCUAUGAGUACUCCAGCUCUGGCAUGAAGCAAACUCUCUCGAGAUACAGCAAAUGUAUGGAGUCAUCGGAGUCUACUGUUGUGCAAUACAAGCCGGAGAUACUCCCCGAGAAGGAAGAAGAGAGGGAGGCUGAAGAGGUCAAAGAAGCUAUCUCUCAGUUGCAGCUGAGGCAAUUGAGACUGCUGGGCAAAGACUUGACGGGUGUGGGCUUAAAGGAUCUGCAAAUCUUGGAACAGCAGAUCAAUGAUGGAUUGUCAUCUGUUCGGGAGAGAAAGGAGCAGUGGCUGAUGGAGCAACUAGAGAAAUCAAGGCUGCAGUCAGAGGGUUCCUUCACACUUGAUGAAAUCUUUCUAAAAGACUCAUCAAAAAUAUUUUGCUCGGUUGGUUGUUAUCAGGAGCAACGAGCUAUGCUGGAGAACGAAACCCUGCGAAGACAGAUUGAGGAGUUCCGAGGAUUCUUACCAUGCACCGACUUGAUUGACUGUCACCGUAACGAACAGAAGAGCACAUUUUUUGCGAGUCAUGUUGAUCCUGCUACUUUGGAAGAAGCGAGGGAUCAUUCACUGGAGAAUGAAGAUUCUGACACAGCAUUGCACUUGGGGCUGCCUAAUGAAAUCUAUCGCAAGAGGAAGGUUCCAGAGAGCGAGAGUGGCUCCAGCUCCGCUAGUCGAUUCGGUUUACAGUAAAACCUGGCGAGGUUUCUCCCUUGGUGCUUUCGUGUAGCGGAGUAGUGAGAAACAGAGAGGAUUCUUUAAGAUAAUGAAAUAGUUUACUGAAUUUUGAGCAGCUUCAUAGAGUGACAGAAACAAAGCAAGAAGUAAAAAUGCAACAGUGGGAGUUGAGAUUUAUGGUUGACUUCUAAAGCAGGUUUCGGAAUUAGUAGGAAUAUAUGCUGAUGAAA